CAUAAAUAUUCACAGAAACGAUUUAUAAAUUUUACCCUUACCAAAUUAACAUUACAAUUCUUGAAGUUAAUGUAAUUAUUUUAUCAAAGGAACGACACAACUACAAAAAUGGCCUUACGUACGUACGGCGAUAAGCCGAUAAGUUUUCAAAUCGAAGAAGGAGGAGACUUUUAUUGUGUUGGGUCAGAGGUCGGGAAUUACCUGCGUUUGUUCCGUGGGUCACUCUACAAGAAGUACCCUGGCAUGUGCCGGCGUACCCUCACCAAUGAAGAACGUAAGCGAUUAAUUGACAACGGUCUUGGACCUCAUGUGCUGUCCAGUUCAGUUUCACUGUUGAAGGCGUCAGAAGUUGAAGACAUUAUUGAAGGGAAUGAUGAUAAAUACAAAGCAGUGUCCGUCAGCCAAGAAUUGGCGACACCCCGUGAGAGCAAAAGCAAGAAGCCACACACUCCAUCAUGGCUGCCAGUCAUGCCAAACUCUUCUCAUUUGGAUGCUGUACCCCAGGCUACUCCAAUCAGCAGGAGUAGGGUGCAUAAUAAGAAGGUGAGAACAUUCCCACUGUGUUUCGAUGACACAGACAUGACUGCAAUGCUGGAGAAUGCUUCGCAAAAGCAGGUGCUUGUACCCAUUCGAUUGGACAUGGAGAUUGAGGGUCAAAAACUCAGGGAUACAUUUACAUGGAAUAAAAAUGAAUCAAUAAUAACACCAGAACAGUUUGCCGAGGUGCUGUGCGAUGAUUUAGAGUUGAACACGAGCACUUUCAUACCGGCUGUGGCCUCCUCGAUCCGGCAACAGAUCGAUGCCUUCCCGAGCGAGCCUCCCCCCAUACUGGAGGAGCACACCGACCAGAGGGUCCUCGUCAAACUUAAUAUACACGUUGGAAACACUUCGCUGGUAGAUCAGGUGGAGUGGGACAUGGCCGAGAAGGAGAACAACCCGGAGCAGUUCGCGAUGAAGCUGUGCUCGGAGCUGGGCCUCGGCGGGGAGUUCGUGACCGGCAUCGCCUACUCCGUGCGCGGGCAGCUCGGCUGGCACCAGCGGACCUACGCCUUCAGCGAGGCGCCCCUACCCGUGGUCGAGACGCCGUACCGCGUCCCGUCGGAGGCCGAGCAGUGGGCCCCGCACCUGGAGACCCUCACCAACGCGGAGAUGGAGAAGAAGAUCCGGGACCAGGACCGGAACACCAGGCGCAUGCGGAGGCUCGCCAACACCGCGCCCGAUGUGUCUUUGAGUCGCGCAGUCAACCGGCUGAUCAGAGCUGACGAAGCACUGUUCCCGUCCACCCCGGAAAAGCGAAGAAAAAAGAUAUAAACCCAAGGAUUGAUGGAGGAAAUGGCCUAGUAACCAUCUGAUGAAAACCCCUCGUCAAAUCAAUCAACUCGUUUUUGUCUAAAAUUUUAAGAUUAUAUUCAUUUUAUUAGGUUAAUCAUUAAUUUUGAUUUAGGGAUAAACAUUUUUUAUUACAGCAUAGGGAGAGACUACUUUUUAAAUUCGAUGAAAAUUGAAUCUCACUGAUCGCUUAGUUGCUCGGUACUUUUAAAACAUGUUGGAACGUAUUGAACAGCUAUAGAAGAAAAUGAUACUUAUUUAAUUAAAAAAAAAACAAUCAGUAAUACAAGUUUUUUUUUUGCAGUGAAUC